AUGUUACGAAUCAUUCAUUUUCGUCCAUUUCUAUUGAAUACAUGCAUUAGAACACCGCGUCAACUAGCGGUACUGUGUCGUCCACUAUCUGUAGAAACGUUAUCAGCCCAUCGUGAUAUUGAUGAUUGUAAUCAUCGCGUUGAAAUAGCUGCACCACAUCAUGAACUUCUUGAGGUGCUCCAUUAUCGUUCAUCGCAAUUACAAUUGUUUACUAAAACUAUUCGUUCACCCCGAAAAAUGUCUCCAUCAUCGGAUCGAUCAACCGCUAAGACUAGCACAAGGCCACGAUCUAACGCUAACCGAAAAACUUUAAUCAAAAGUAAUAUUGAAUCGAAACCAGUUAAAGAAGAAAAACCUAUUGACUUGGCUCGACCAAAAGCUAGUAAAUCGAAAGAAAAAAAGAAGAAAGAAAAAAAACCUACUCCUUCCCCUGUAUCAACUCCAACAAAUCGCAUAAACGAACUAAGUAAAAAACUUAAGCUCACUAAAUCUACUGGCAAACAUCAAUCAAAAACACUCACUAAUAAUAAUAAUAAUAAUAAUAAUAUAUCUGAUGAAAUUCUUGCUGCCGAAAACGAACACGAAGGCCCUCAAUCAGAAGAACCGCUGAUUCUGCCAGUAAUAGACGAAGCGACUGCUAAUGAUGAAGAUAAAACAUUAAAUGAAUUAUUAACUAGUCUAAACUCUACUAAAGUUCGACGUUUACAUAAAUACACUGAUCUACAAAUAAAAUUUAUGCAUACUCACAACGAGUUCAAUCGUAUGCUACAAGCUUAUGUCGACGUAUUGGUAUCGCAUGGAAAGUUAAAUCAAGCUCGUCGAGUACUAGAUGAAAUAUUAUCGGAACAAGAAAGAAGGCGAUCGUCAAAAAUACUUGCAUGGCGUUAUGUAACGAAUGUACACGUAUUUAAUUCAUUGUAUUUUGGUUAUGCAGAGAAGGGUAAUCUUCCAGCAUUACAAAAAUUAUUUGAAACAAUGCGUAAAUUUAAUAUAAAACCAACACUUGAGUCCUAUGCAGCAGCUAUAAGUUGUCUUGGUAGUAUGGAGUUGUUGGAUUCAAGUGUAGCUCGAAGAAUUAUACUUGAUCUAGAAAAAGAAGGUUUUCGUGUACUCGAUAUAUUUAAUCUGGAUUGUCUCAAUCAUGAACAUAUACAAAGCAUUUUAAAAGUUUUAAAAACUUUUCGACCUGAUUUUGAUAUUCCACUCCGCUCAUCCAAUGUCAAUAGUAAAAUUCUCAAUAGUAUUUAUGAAAAAUCUGCAAUUAGCAAAGAUGAAUUGAUACAAACCGAUCAAUGGUGGAAAGAUACUGAUUUGAAAAAGAAAUUAGAUGAACAAAUACAAAUGGAAAAAGCUCAUCGUGUCAAAAUAAAAUCCAUUAAUGCAAUAAAACUACCCGACGAAAAAUUGGCAAAAAGAUAUGAAAACUUUUUAGUAGAUCUUGAACAACAAUUAACCGUAGGAUUUCUAACUGAAUUAGAAAUAUUAAAACAAAAAGUGCGAAAAACUUCUGAUAUAAAUAUAAUUCCAUUUCUUGAAAUAUUUGAACCUAAAGAAUACAUUGAUUUAAUGCUAAAAACACUUCAUCAACAUAGCUAUGCAUCAGAAUUUCAUUCAUCACCAUUUGUGACUCUUUGUGUGACACUUGGCAAACAUUUAUAUCAAAAAUAUGUAUGCAAAAUGCGACAGAAAAAUGGAUUUAUCGAUAAACUACAUCUGAUCUAUGAUGAUUAUACGAACCAUGUAGUUACAAAUCAACGAUUUAUAGUGAAUGAAAGACAAAAAUGGAAUGAAAUAACUAAAGAAAAAUUUGCUUUUAUGGAUCGUAACGACCGACGGUGGACAUUUACACAAGUAUUACAAGUAGGAGAAUUUCUUUACGAUGUUAUGUUGAAACAUGCAAAAAUUCGUGUGCCAUUGCUUACUAAUCAAUAUACGGCAUCGAACAAGUCAGAUAAUUCAAUCAUGCACAUUGUCUAUCGAAAUUUGGGUGCAUGCAGUGAAAAACAAGUCAAAAUCCAUCCAACGGUCUUGCAUUUCUUUUCACAUAUUCCUGAAGCGACUCUUGAUUUUAGUUGCACUGAAUUGCCAUGUCUUGUUCCUCCACUUCCAUGGUUAUCAUCAACCAUGGGUGGUUAUUUACUAACACAAACUGAAUUUGUUCGAUCACCUUUUGGAGCCACUCAACAAGACACUCGUCUUCGAACUUUACCGACUGAGAAAAUCGGUGGUCUGUUUGAUUCAAUAAAUAUUUUGAAUAGUUGCCCAUGGAAAAUUAAUGGUCAAGUACUUGAUCUGCUAAUGGAUAUUUUUCGGCGUGGAGGAGAUCGUCGAUUAUCUGUACCUGUUUCUAUCGAAAAUGCAAACCUAACUGAACCACUUCCAAUUGAAAAAGGUUUAUCAACCGAUGAACUUAAACGACGAGAAAUUGCUCUAGCGAAAAUGAGAAAACUAAAAGCUGAGAUCUUUUCACUAUGGUGCUAUGAACUUUACCGGCUAUCAAUAGCUAAUCAUUUUCGAAACGAAAUCUUUUGGUUUCCACAUAAUCUUGAUUUUCGUGGUCGUGUUUAUCCAAUUCCUCCUCAUUUCAAUCAUUUAGGCAGCGAUAUUGCACGUAGUAUUAUUCUAUUUGCUGAAGGCAAACCGUUAGGUCCCAAUGGUCUUCGACAGCUGAAAAUUCACUUAGUCAAUCUCACUGAUUUGAAGAAAAAAGCGUCGAUCAAUGAUCGAGCUAAAUAUGCAGACGAAAUUAUGGAUGAUAUACUCGAUUCAGCCGAUAGGCCAUUAGAGGGUCGUCAAUGGUGGAAACAAUCCGAAGAACCAUGGCAAACACUUGCUUGCUGUAUGGAAAUAGCUUGUGCAAUACGCUCACCAGAUCAUACGAAAUAUGUUUCACAUUUUCCUGUUCAUCAGGAUGGUUCAUGUAAUGUUUUACAACAUUAUGCAGCAAUGGGUCUUGAUGAUAUUGGUGCCGCGUCCGUUAAUCUUAAACCAAACGAUUUACCACAAGAUGUUUAUAGUGUUGUUGUUGAUCAAGUUGAACAAGAACGUAAACAAGAUGCUGCGAAUGGUUUACCUAUAGCUAAAAUUCUUGAAGGUUUUAUUAAACGUAAAGUUAUUAAACAAACAAUAAUGACGACAAACUAUGGCGUUACAUUAUUUGGUGCUAGACAACAAAUAAGUCGACAAUUACGUGACAUUGAUGAAUUUCCGAGAGAACAUAUAUCAGAAGCCAGCAGUUAUUUAGCACAAAAAACAUUUAUUAGUUUAAGAGAAUUAUUUCGAGAAACAAGAAAAAUUCAGGAUUGGUUUACCGAUUGUGCCAGAUUGAUUUCUCGUGUACGUGAAGCAGCUGUAGAAUGGAAUACACCAUUGAAUUUACCCGUUGUUCAGCCAUAUUAUCAAGAAGUUCGAAUGCGACACAAAGGCAAAGACAUUUAUGAUUACUACAGCAGUUUUGCUCGUCCAAAUAGUACGAAACAGAAGAAUGCAUUUCCACCGAACUAUGUUCAUUCUCUCGAUUCAACACAUAUGAUGAUGACAGCAUUACAAUGCGCACGUAACGGUAUUACAUUUGUAUCCGUUCAUGAUUCAUUUUGGACACAUGCAUGUGAUGCUGACCGACUUAGUAAAUACUGUCGAGAACAAUUCGUUGCAUUACAUAAAGAACCAUUGCUUGAAAUACUUUCGCAAGAGUUAGUUUCAAAAUAUGAAUUCAAAUCCAGUGAAUAUGCUCGUGCUGAUGAAAAACAAAAGCAAACAAUGAAACUUCUCAAUGAAACACUUCGACGUGUACCUGAACGGGGUACAUUUAAAUUAGAAAGUGUACUUGAUUCGACUUAUUUUUUCAGUUAA